CCCCAAUCACGCCAUUAAGCGAGGUAAAGCAUUACAAUGUCAAAGAGGCUUCAGGCGCCAUGUUUGUUUGGGGCAGUUCAGUAAUCCGCUGAAGCUGCGCCAGACGAUCGGUCUUUAACAGGAACAACAAACACUGUCUGCGGACUUUAAUUAAAACAAACCCUGAUCUAACCUCGGUCCCUUUCUGCACUUUGGGCUGGACAUGAUGGAUCUGGGCCUUAGCCGCUGCCUCGUCCUGGCUGUGUGUGUGUGCGCGGUUGUGAGAGGAGAUGAUGAUGGACGCAUUGAGACUGCAGGAGCUCCAGUGCAUUUGUCCGACUCGGACCCGGGACUUCUUAAAGCACUCAAAUUCGCUGAAGAUCGCUACAACCAGCUGUCUAACGGAAUGCACAUCCGCAGAGUCAGUAAGAUCAUAUCUGCUACCAGACAGCUUGUGAAGGGAGUGAGAUACAGCAUCACUGUAGAGACUGGAAGAACUCAGUGUAAGAAGUCUGCAGAGCUGCAUGUUCCUGAGGAGUGUGAAUUUUUCCAAGAGUCACACAAACAGAAGACGGAGGUGUGUUUGUUUGAAGUGUGGAACAUUCCCUGGGAGAACAAGUCCACUCUACUCAAACAGAAAUGUCAGCCUGCAGUUCCAAAGGAGACUAAAAAGGUUGUGAGUGUCCCUCUGUCUCGUGACAAGCCCACCCAGGAAACUGUAGACCUUCUGAUGCAGUUCAAAGACUUCAUGGUCAAGUACAACCGCACGUAUACCUCUCAGGAAGAGGCUGAGAAGCGUCUGCGUAUUUUCCAGCAGAAUCUGAAAACAGCGCAGACCCUGCAGGCUCUGGACCAGGGAACAGUGGAGUAUGGUGUUACCAAAUUCAGCGACCUUACAGAGAAUGAGUUCAGGAUGAUUUACCUGAACCCCAUGUUGAAUCAGUGGAGCCUACAGAAACAGAUGAAGCCAGCAGCUCCAGCAAGUAAGGCCGCUCCGGACAGCUGGGACUGGCGAGAACACGGAGCUGUCAAUAAUGUCAAGAACCAGGGCUUAUGUGGUUCAUGCUGGGCUUUCUCUGUCACUGGGAACAUUGAAGGCCAGUGGUUCAAGAAAACUGGACAACUGCUGUCCCUCUCAGAGCAAGAGUUGGUGGACUGUGAUAAGCUGGAUCAAGCAUGUGGCGGCGGACUUCCAUCCAACGCAUAUGAAGCUAUUGAAAACCUUGGGGGUCUUGAGACAGAGAUAGACUACAGCUACACAGGACACAAGCAGGGUUGUGAGUUCUCCUCUGGGAAAGUGGUGGCCUACAUCAACAGCUCUGUAGAACUGCCCAAGGACGAAAACGAUAUUGCUGCUUGGCUGGCUGAGAAUGGCCCUGUCUCUGCUGCCCUCAAUGCUUUUGCGAUGCAGUUCUACAGAAAGGGAGUGUCUCACCCUCUGAAGAUUCUAUGCAACCCCUGGAUGAUCGAUCACGCUGUGCUACUUGUCGGAUAUGGAGACCGUAACGGCGUACCAUUCUGGGCCAUUAAGAACAGUUGGGGAGAAGACUACGGAGAGCAUGGUUACUACUACCUGUACAGAGGAUCCAAUCUGUGUGGAAUUAACAAGAUGUGUUCCUCUGCGGUGGUUGACUAGGAGCCUAUGCGAGCACAUACACGUGUUAACAAGGAUAUAGUUCAUUUGUAGUGAAGACACAUACCACACAUACAAAACCAUCCAUAAAUACACAAGAAAUAUUUACAGUGUUCUAACCUAUUCAAGCUGUGACGUGUGAAGUGUUCAAGUAUUCACUCUUAUUUAGUACUAUAACUAUUGCGUGUUGAAAACACCACAGUACCUCAUGAAGUGUCAGUACCUCAUAUAACUUCCAUUUCCGUUACAAACAUAACGUGCAACAUCUCUGAGCCUGUGACAUGAAGCUUCAGAUCAUUAGGUUAGACCUUUACACUAGUGUUUUAUCAUGUUUGCAUUAUAAUUUAAGUACUUACUUUUAAACUAAUAUUUGAGUAAUAGUUUUAAAUGUGUUGCUGUGACAUCAAUAUUAAUUCAUAUUUGCUUAUUGAUUUCAUUGAGUUCUAAUUGUAUGCAUUUGACUACUGGAUUUUGGAAGCUGCUUACCACAUAAUGAUGAAUACUUUUUGCAAUAUUUAAGUUAUUAAAUAAUAUUGAUUAGAAGUGGUAGUUUAAGAUUAAUUUUUCAUUGUAAUUUUGAUUUACAAUUAGAUAACUAUGCUCCCAAGAAACAGAAAUGAUUUCUCUCAGUUUGAAGUGCUCAUAACACAGUAUGUGAAAUAUAUUCUAAAUAUGUACUGUAUAAGUUUAUUAUUCAUGAUGACACAGAAAGUGCGGCAUAAUACUAAUUUGUUAAUUGUCCAAGCUUUCAUUUGAGAUCUUUUUUGAGAAUUUCUUCUUGCAUGGUUUUAGAGGUCCCUCCCCUUUGGUAAUCUUCUUGGUCAAUCCGCUGAAUAAAGUCAUAAAACCUGUA